ACAUAUACGGCGAUAUGAUCGUUGCAACAUUUAUACCAUUCUUUUUAGCCGUGCAACUUCCUAUCGAGGAUGGUGCGUGGCCGUAUGGACCCGAGUACAUCUUCACUGUUCACAUGAAUGUGACGGGGAUACCACAGUGUCCUCGUCCAGCAUGCGGUAAUCCGUCCGGUUAUCGUAUCACCUCUCGGUUGCAUUGCAUCCCGAAGACGAAUGAUACUCUGAGCUGCAGCUUUAGGUAUGUCGACGGCUUUGAUUUUGGUAUGAUCGGUGAGGAAGACAAUGUCGUGAACCGACGCAGAAAUAUCACUGAUGCGCCUAUCGAGCUAUUUUUCGACGAGAAAGGCAUCGAGAAUAUCAUCACAAGCCAGCUGACGCGUAUCUAUGACCUCAACAUCUUAAAGAUGGUGGCCGAGCAGCUGCAUCCUGGCAACAAUUUUAAUAAUAUCGGGGAUGGCACAUUUGAGGAUGAAACUACAUCCACCAUAGGCAGAUGCAACGUCACCUUCGAUGUGUAUCAUCAUUCUGGGGCUGAAAAUGCGAAUAAGACACGAUUUCGAUUAAAACUAUUACCGCCGAAAUUGCGUAUGACCUCCACAGAGACUCUUGUCAUCGAUAAACAGACGAAUCUUAAUAAUUGUAGCUGCUACGCAGACAGUUACUUUCGCAGAUAUGGUGAUACGGUUGUUUAUCAACGCUUGCAAGCGGAUUUAGACGUUAUGAUUAGUCAUAUGGAAAUCAGUGAAACGAGUUUUAGUUCGUCUACAACAAGGAAGGGUACAUCGGUUUCAAACCACAAGACAUACAAUAUAAUUGAAAUUACAAAAAUAAUCUUGGAAGACAUUCAGCCUGCCACGAGAGACCCGCCCGCGAUCGUGAAACCGGGCGAGACCAAGAUUCUUGCUAAUCAUGACAUAAGUAGUAUUUCUACUUUUUAAUAAUAAUGAUUAAAAAUGCUAAUGUUAUGAAAACAAUU